GCAAAAGAAACGGAAUUUGUAAAUGUUUCAUUCAGGCAUAUUUAGUUUGUUAAUUUUUGAUAGAAACCGGAAGCAAUAAUUAUUACUGGCAGAGAGUAUGUCAUCGCCAGAUAUGACAAUCCGGCUUUUCCAGGAUACGGCGAGUCGCACAUUUCCUUCAAGCCGAGUUAAAUACCUUGUGGUGCCAUAAGUCUCGCCACUUACCGGUCACCGUCCCUGAGAACCCUUUCGGAUUAGUUUGCUGGACAGAAAUUUCUCUCAAGAUUUUGCGCUUGUAACGACUUGAUCAUGGAUUUCAGGCUCACUUCGCGGUUUGGAUAUAUGUGUCUUUUUAGCUUGUUUCUAACUGUAACAGACAUCAGGGCUGGAAAUGAGAUGAGGAUCAAUGCAAACCCCCCUGCUGUGGCAUUUGGAGACUCUUUGCUGGUGAACUGCAGUACAACAUGUGCAACAGAUAACAUAAUAAUCGAAGGAAUAAAAGAUCAAAAUCAUGGCGCUCAAUGGCGCACUGCUUAUUCCUCAAGUAUCCAACAAUGGUCUCUCAAAGUGACAUGUUUCACAAAAUGCUCAGAGAGUCUGUUGCAGAUGAAAAUUAUCACUGUAUACAAUCGAGAGAUAAGCAUUACUCCACUUCCUGAAGUGCUGGAAGUUAACAGAACAUAUAGUCUGGAGUGCACUGGUCCGAGGGUCUAUCCAAACAAUAAACUCAUACUCACAUGGCUGAGAGGGGGAGAGAUUGUUCAGAGUAAUUCCACAGGAGAAGAAGGUUCACCAGAUGAAGAUAAAAGAUUGAGGAAUGUCUUCAGUUUCACUGCAAGUAUGUCAGAUGAUGGACAGGAGUACACCUGCUUGGCAGAAGUGGACUUGGGCUCCAACAGCACAGAACCAAUCGCAAACUCCUCUGUGACUCUGCAAAUUCACUAUGAACCUAUUGGAACAUUUGUAACAGCAAACAAUAAAACUAUCUCAGAGUCCCCAGUAAAUUUCAGUUAUGGUGACAAUAUUAUAUUAAUCUGUGGUUCUCAAGGAAAUCCACGGCCAACACUGAAAUGGGAAUAUCCCAAACAAAGCAAUAUUGUGAUUAAUCCUUCAGGAAGCCUCCAUAUUUCUGAUGCCACAACAAAAAAUAAUGGAAUAUAUAAAUGUACAGCCACUAAUAAACUUGGAGCUGAUGAGAAGACCGUGGACAUCAGAGUUGAAGACAUCAGGGCUGGAAAUGAGAUGAGGAUCAAUGCAAACCCCCCUGCUGUGGCAUUUGGAGACUCUUUGCUGGUGAACUGCAGUACAACAUGUGCAACAGAUAACAUAAUAAUCGAAGGAAUAAAAGAUCAAAAUCAUAGUGCUCAAUGGCGCACUGCUUAUUCCUCAAGUAUCCAACAAUGGUCUCUCAAAGUGACAUGUUUGGCAAAAUGCCCAGAGAGUCUGUUGCAGAUGAAAAUUAUCACUGUAUACAAUCGAGAGAUAAACAUUACUCCACCUCCUGAAGUGCUGGAAGUUAACAGAACAUAUAGUCUGGAGUGCACUGGUCCGAGGGUCUAUCCAAACAAUAAACUCAUACUCACAUGGCUGAGAGGGGGAGAGAUUGUUCAGAGUAAUUUCACAGGAGAAACAGGUUUCCCAGAUGAAGAUAAAAGAUUGAGGAACGUCUUCAGUUUCACUGCAAGUAUCUCAGAUGAUGGACAGGAGUACACCUGCUUGGCAGAAGUGGACUUGGGCUCCAACAGCACAGAACCAAUCGCAAACUCCUCUGUGACUCUGCAUAUUUACUCUUUUAUGGAUCCGCCUAGAAUCCUUGACAAAAAUCCCUUAGAAGUGAAGCAAGAAGUCACGUUAACGUGUGAGGUUACAAAUGUCUAUCCCGCUGAGAAGAUGAGAGUAAGAUGGUCUCAGGAUGGUGAAGAAUUGAAUUCAGUUCCAACAAGGCCAAAUUCCAAUACUAUCCGGGUAACAACAGCAUGGACACCACAGGUGUCUGGUCUGAUGGAAGUCACCUGUACAGCGGAUUUUGAGGAGUAUCCAUCUAUUCCACCAAAGAAUGAUAGCAUUUUCAUUGAGGUGUAUGCUUUCUCUGCCCCUGAAAUCCAAAUACCAAACAGCCCUGAAGGAAACCCAGUUAACAUUACCUGCAGGGUGUUUAAUGUCUCGGGCAAACUUCAACUCAGACUGAAGAACAGAAAUGACACUUUAGUGAAUGGAUCAGGCAGUAGUGGCCUCACUAUCUAUCAUACUGUAGAUGCACAAGCACAGCUGGAUGGACAGCAGUACGUCUGCGAGGCUGAAAUGAAACUUCAAUUACAGCCAAUGACAAGUCCCAUUGUUAAAAAACGGGUUGAGACUCUCCAUGUCCUGUAUGCUCCAUUAGAAGCACAGAUCUUUAAAGGUCAAGAAGAUUGGAUUAAAGGGAAAUCGCAGAAUUUAACAUGUCAAGGUGAAGGGAACCCAACUCCCCAGGUGUCCUGGACCAAAGAUGAAAAGAUAUUCAGCGGAGAGAUAGUCCACAUCCCAUCAGUCCAAAUGCAGCAUGGUGGUCUGUACAUAUGCACAGUCACCAAUGAAUAUGGAUCCAAACGCUCAUAUGUAAAUGCAGUCAUUUUGUAUAAACCAGGAGGCAUAACUAUAUCAGUAAAUAACAAAACAGUUUCAGAGUUUCCCGUAUAUGUCAGUAAAGGGGAUGAGGUUACAAUAACCUGCAAUUCCAAUGGAAAACCCACACCUACAAUAAAGUGGGAAGACCCCAGUAAUGGCAGCAACAUUGAGAUUGAUCCUCCUGGAGUUCUCCGUAUUUCCCAAGCAACAUCAGAACAUCAAGGAAUUUAUAAAUGUCGAGCUACCAAUCAACAUGGAAUUGAGGAGAAGGAAGUGGACAUCAGGGUCAAAGAUGAAACACAGAAGGGAUUGGCAUUGUAUGUAAUAAUCAUAAUCGUUGUAAUCAUCUCAGGCAUCAUAGCAAUCAUAUUGAGAACAUACUGUCAAUAUGCCCAAAGGAAAGGAAGCUAUGAUGUCUGUCCAAUUGAACUCAACAACAGGAAACCAUCUCCUUGAAUAACAUCGGUGAAUAAUCCCAUGGGAUAACAACAAAUACCAACAAACUUAGCCAAAAAGAGAUUUGGUGAUUGUUCAAGAAGAAAUCACUGAACUAAAACAGUAUUGUCCUUAUUGAGGGUACUAACAGUUUAUGGUGUAGAGUGCUACUUGCAGCACUCGUUAUUCCAACUGUAAGAUCUUCACAUUUAUUUUGAAAAAUGCUCUGUAUUUUUGAUAGCAUUUGAUGAAUUAUUUGUUUUUAAAAGCUAACUUAUUUUCACAUGCUGGAAAAUCACCUGAACUCUAACAUCUUAGGAUCACUAAUAGCAACAGAGUUACAGUGACACAGUAGGCCAUUCAACCUCUUGCACCUGUUCUGCGUUCAUUUAGAUUAUGAUCUCCACCCUAACUCCACUUACCUGACGUUACUCCAUAUCAGUGACCUAUUUCUGUCUUGAAUUUUUUUAACUGAGCCCCAGCAUCCUCAGCUUUCCGCGGCAGAGUGUUCCAGAUUUCCACUGCCCUUUCUGUGAAAAAGUUACAGGGAUUUUCUUUCCAACUCACUGAAGCAAAAAUGAGAGGAUUAAUUCUGAGGUGUCAGCAGGGAGCCAAUCACAUCGUGAGCACAAAUCAGUAACAAAGCUAUAGUACUGUAGCCCAGAUCUUUGACCACAUGUUUCCUAUGAGCAGUUUCCGCACUGGUAUCGCAGAAUUAUCCGUUAGGAGUGAAAUUCUAAAAUAAAUUGGUUUUUUGUGACUGAUGAA